UAAGGAGGCUCGGUUGAGUUGGGGGCGGAGCGCACGACAGGUCAUGAUGCUGAGGAAACUUCUGCUCACUCCCACUUCCCGCCGAGCUCUCUCCAAUGGCUUCUUCUUCAGCUCCCGGAACCCCACGCCUUCUCCCCCUCUGCCCCCAGCUCCGUGGAGGUCUCUUGGGUCUCCCCUCUUCUUCUCCACAUCUGAACAAGCAGAAGGCGAGCCUAGCAAUUCCGCUUCUUCGACGAUCUCCAUUGACCGCUCCGGGCUCUACAAUCCUCCUGAGCACUCGCACGAACAGUCCUCGGACUCGGAGCUCGUCAAGCACCUCAAGGGAAUCAUCAAGUUCCGGGGUGGACCCAUUUCAGUCGCCGAGUAUAUGGAGGAAGUUCUGACCAAUCCUAAAGCUGGAUUCUAUAUCAACCGUGAUGUUUUUGGAGCACAGGGUGAUUUCAUAACUUCUCCUGAAGUUAGUCAGAUGUUUGGUGAGAUGGUUGGUGUUUGGGCAAUGUGCCUGUGGGAGCAAAUGGGACAACCAAAAGAUGUCAACCUUGUUGAGCUGGGGCCUGGACGAGGAACUCUCAUGGCCGAUCUUCUUCAUGGUGCAUCCAAGUUCAAGAACUUCACGGAGUCACUCCAUGUACACAUGGUAGAAUGUAGUCCAGCAUUACAGCAACUUCAGCGUAAGACCUUAAAGUGCAUUGACAAAGCCGACACUUCUGAGAAUGCUGAGAAUGCAGAGAGCAGUGUAAUCAGUACCUUAGCAGGGAACCCUGUUUCUUGGCAUGCCAGCUUGGAGCAAGUUCCAUCUGGAUUGCCAACCAUUAUAAUUGCUCACGAGUUCUAUGAUGCUUUACCAGUGCAUCAAUUUCAGAAAGCUUCUCGUGGUUGGUGUGAAAAAAUGGUUGAUGUUCAAGAAGACUCUUCGUUUCGUUUUGUCCUCUCUCCACAGCCAACCCCCUCAAAUCUCUAUCUUCUGAAACGCUUCAAAUGGGCUGCACCUGAAGAAAUUGCAAAUUUAGAACAAGUUGAGGUUUGCCCCAAAGGUAUGGACUUGACUCAGAAAAUCUCCAAGAUAAUAAGCGCAUAUGGAGGCGGGGCUCUUAUAAUUGAUUAUGGUCUGAAUGGAGUCGUCUCGGAAAGCCUGCAGGCAAUACGAAAGCACAAGUUUGUCGACAUACUCGAUGAUCCUGGUUCUGCUGAUCUCAGUGCAUAUGUUGAUUUUCCUGCCAUAAAAUAUUCUGCCGAGGAGGUUUCAGAGGAUGUGUCGGUUUAUGGCCCGAUGACGCAGUCCCAGUUUCUCAGCGCUCUCGGCAUAAACUUCAGAGUUGAAGCAUUGCUGCAGAACUGCACAGAUGAGCAAGCUGAAUCUUUAAGGACAGGAUACUGGCGUUUGGUGGGUGACGGUGAGGCCCCGUUUUGGGAAGGGCCCGACGAUCAAGUGCCCAUUGGUAUGGGCACCCGAUACUUGGCAAUGGCUAUCGUGAACAAGAAACAGGGGGUUCCUGUUCCCUUCCAAUAAAUACGCAGUGCGAAUUCAUCUGCUGAGAGACUUUACAAAGAUACUGUAGGUUGAUUAAUGUGUCCUACAUAAUCUUUUAUCAUUUACCAGAAGGUUUUCCUUA